AUGGCGAUCAUGGGCCCCUCAAGGCAAAUUCAGUUCUCUUCAUUCGAUAAUCAACAGCACCCCAAGACUCCAGCUGCCAGGAUGAAUGCACACACUCGCUUCGCACUCCCUUUGAACACAUACGGCAGUCUCAAGCUCCUACAUGACAAGACCCAAGCGAACGUUGACAACAGGACAGACAAAACGAUCAACCAGACUGCUGCAGCCACCACCACCACGAAUCAGCAGCGUCACAACUCAAAGUUUUCGCAAAAGAUGAAGAUGCUACUCCCCGGCAAAAAAGUCAAUGCCGGGUCGGCAUCGGAGGACAGCAAGGCCACGGUGAGCGGGCGGAAGCGCGCGACAACGGUCCAUCUCAUCGGUUCGCACGCCUUCGUGCAGCUAGGUCCACCCUAGAGGUUGAGGAUCGAAUUUCCGGCGAUUACUGCGGUGGUCUUCAAUUUUCAAUGAUUUAUAAACUUAGUAGCGUUGAAUUUGUAUAUUCGGAUAGCUCUCAUAGGAAGGUGCUAGUAGCGGUAGGAGGAAUACUAGUAAUGGCCACACCAAGUGCAUCA